CGUGUGUCAGUCGUUAUCUGAACGUCGGGAACUGUGGAUUUGUCCGCCCCUCCGUGGAGCCUCGCGACCUGAACCUACCAUUUACCGGAGCCAAACGGAAGUGCCAUAUCUCCAUCUAUUCGUAUGGAACUCAGCCAUCUGGCCCAGGAAAUCAAAACAAACAAAUCAUUGCACAAACAAGCGCUAACGCAUCGCACAUACAGAUAUAUACUCGGAGAUAUAUACUCGGAUGUGCGUGAGUGGAUUGGUGGGUGUGUUUUUUUGCCUCCUGGCACCGCGUCAAAAGUCGCGCGCGGAUUCUGCGGCGGAUUUACGGCCGCGGUAAUUGGUUAACGCUAAGAAUUUAAUAUCCAUUAAUCAUAAAUCAUAAAGUGUGUGAACAAAUUGCCUGAAAGAUCAAAGGAAGAGAAUAAAGAAUAUUGCAUAUACAUUCGAUAUGAAUGAUUAGUGCUAAAGUUACGAAGUGCUGUUCUCAAACAAAAUUGAAUUCGACUAUGAAAAAUAAUUACAAAUAAAUGAAAUAAAGUCAAAUAUUAAUACUGAACGAAAAAUAUAAGUUUCAAGGGAUCUCAAACAACAAAUAAAUAAAGCUAUAAAUGUAAUGGAAUAAUAAACAAAGACCCAAGUAGUAUUUUAAUGCCAUAUAAAAAUCAGCAUCGAGUAAAACAUUUUUCCGAGAACAAUUUAAGUUCCAUUCACAAAAAGUAAACGACAUAAUUCCACCACUGAGCAAUUAAAAUUCCAUUUUAAGCCGGUAAUAACGAAUUACUUAAACAUUUAACAAGUGUCAAAACAAAAAGCGGCAAUAUUAAUUGCUGAUUGUCGGACAAAAGGAAAUGCUUUAAACCAAACAAAAGACAAAGGCAAGGGCCAACAAACGCGUGUGACAAAUAUCGAUACAAAGAGCAGCGUAUUUCUAGAAAAAGGCCGGCAUAAAAAAGGAAACUGCCCGCAGCGAAUCGCAAUGAUCUUCAAAAUGCAUUGGCUUGUCCUGAUCCUAGUGCCCCUCGCCUGGGCCAACAGCAGUGAUGUGAAGGGAGCACCUGUGCUGACCACAGUAGCUCCCACUUCGGGUCAUCGAAGUCCCCAUCAGCAGCAGCGAUUGCAGCAGCUGCAGGAGGCGCAGCAGCUGGAGGCCCAUCAGCAGCACCACCACCACUUGCGGCACGAACAGCAUCUGCGGGCCGAGCUGGAGGGGAACCACCAGCCGCCGGCCGAGGGCCUCGAGAAGAAGGCCUUCCUCGAUCCCCAAUUGCCCAUGCAGCAGCACCACUUGCGUCACCACAAUCGUCAUCAUGUCAGCUGGGAGCAGCGCGUGUUUCCCUCGCUGCGUCAUCAGCAGCACCGCUUGUCCAUCGGAUCGAGCGCAGCGAAGAACCCAAUGACCACCGAGGCACCCACAACUAUGCAUCACGGCCUGAUCUCCAAUCACAGCCGCUAUUUCGACAGGGACGGCAUCUUUCCCUCCUGGGCUGAGCCGCGAUCCACCAGAGGACCCAACUGGCGACAGGAAGUGGAUUCGAGUGAUUCCGAUGAGGACAGCGAUGAGGACGACGAAGAUGACUACGAUGAGUACGAUGAGGACACCGAUUCAUCGAACGGCGUCGACGAGGAACUGGCCCGCCAAAUGCCCAGAUACUCACUGUUUACCCAGAAGCUGCCCCACAUCGAUCUGAAGGAGCCCGAUUACAAUGCCUACGACCAGUCGGACGAACUGGACAUAGUCUCGAGGAGCAAUCACAAUAGCAACAAAUACCCCAGCGUGGCCAAUCCGCACGACAAGUCCGCCGGCAAGCGCAACAUAUUCGAUUGGUUGUUCAAACAUGAUAGGGAGAAAGAGGCUGUUAGGAAGCCGCACAUCACAGCCACUUCAACGACAACGAGCACCUCGACAACCACAACCGCCAAGCCCACUGUAUUGCGCACUGAAAGGCCAAAACUGCAAUUAAUUGAUGCGAAUCUAAGGAAUAGCGGUGCCGAAGAGGACUACUCCAAUGAGGACUCGGACUCCGAGUCGGAGGAGGGCUUCUCCAACGAACAGUGGAACAAAAUCGAGCACGACCACCAUCUCAGGCAGCAGAAGCACCAGAAGGAGCUGCUGGCGAUGCGCGAGAGGAGCCGGAACACCCCUCUCAUAAGGAACACUGAGAAUGAGGACGUGGAGAACAUUUACGCACGCAAUUACGUUGCGGGGAAGGUCGGCCAGAGGAAGGAGGAGCAUAUGGGAACCCCCGAAGCGGUGAUCAAAGCGAGACGCCUCCAUGCCCAGAAGCAGAAGAGUGAGAGAGCCCUGGCCCACGCCCACAUGAACCAGGUGCUGAAGGAGGCCACCUGCCGAGUCCCCCAGAAACGCUGCCAGCUCGUCCAGCAGGAUCCCUCCAAGAUCUACACACCCCACUGCACCAUUCUGCACCGCUGCAGCGAGGACAGUGGUUGCUGCCCCAGCAGAAGCCAAAUAUGUGCCGCCAAGAGCACCCACAACGUUGAGCUGCAUUUCUUCGUGAAGAGCAGCAAGCAUCGGAGCGUCAUCGAGAAGCGGACCUUUGUGAACCACACGGAGUGCCACUGCAUCGAGCGAUCGAGCUACAACGAGGAGACGGCCAUGGCCCACUACGGGCAGUCGACCACGGCGGUGCGGGCCACCAUACUGAGUUGCACCUGUCCGAAGAGCUUCGAGAAGAUCCUGCAGGACGACGGGCAGUGCAGGUGCGACUGCAGCUCCGGGAACUACGACUGCGACUGGCUGAAGCGGGGCAACGAGCACUUUGCCAUGAACGAUCGCAAGUGCAUACAGCAAGGUCGCUGCAAGCCGCCCACCUGUGAGUUUGGACUCUACAUGGACAAACACGGCCGCUGCCCCAAGCAACACGAGCAACCAUCCUACAACGCCAUGUCAUAAGCGGGAGGAUUUCCCACGUGAAGCCAGGAAAAGUAUUAAGUCCAGACAAGGGGGAGAAUCCAGAGGGAUUCUCCUCUGCUGACAAGAGUGCAGGCGA